AUGUCGCUCAUCGGUGGACCCGAGGGGUACUUGUUGGACUCGACCUCGAUUCGCCUUCUUCGCCUCACCUGGUGGCGCGGCUCGCGGGUUGGCAGAGCCAAAACGAAAAAAGCCGCCUCAGACGUCGUGGAGGCUCAAGGGUCACUGGUGUCUGCAGGCAUCCUACGUGGAUCGAUGCGCAUCACGUCGGUUCCCCAGAGGGACCCGACCGGGACAGGAAAGCGUGGGCGCGAAAGAGUUGAGGCGCGAAGGACGGACAUUCGCUUCUUCGGCCAUUUCGCGAGGCGACAGCAUCAAAGGCGGGAGCGGCUGAAAGAGCUCUUGAGCCUUUUGGAGGACUUACAGGGAGUGGUGGAGAUCGAUGCUCGGCUACGCGAGAGCAUCGAUGAGGACCGCUACGCAGAGGCCAUCCUGCAACACUCGGUGCUGCGAGACGCCUUGGCCAGCGCACAGUACCGGCGAUUCCCCGGCGUGGUGGGCUUGCACCAAAGCAUGGCGAACAACCUCACCUUGGUUCAGCAGAAACUCUCGGAGCGACUUCGGGCCUGCACGGUCUCUGCUGACUUUGAUCCCGACAGCUACGAGGAGGUGUUGAAAGCCUAUAGCUUGUUGGCCUCGGACCAGGCGGUCUCGGUGGGCAAGGAGCUGCUGAGGCAUGUGAGUGAGUUCAUUGUGGCGGUGUCGCGGCAAUGCAUGUUGGCCUUCUCGGCCCGGAAUGAGUCGCCCGAUUGGCAUAAGCGAGCUCAACUACGAGAGCUCUGCAAAAGUAUGGCCCUUCCGCAGUGGCCACUGGAUCUCUUGGAGAUCUUGUUUCACAGGGAGGGUUGCUGA